GUAGCGGCUCGAACCCUUUCCAACAUUUGGAAAAAAGCGCGAUCCUCCAGGAGGCUCGUAUUUUCAACGAGACGCCCAUCAACCCACGAAGAUGUCUGCACAUCCUGACCAAGAUCCUUUACCUGCUGAACCAG